UUAAAGGUUGAACUUUAUGGCCAAAUUUCGUUUUUCAACCUAAUCUACCGUGUUACUAUGUUAAUGUAACAAGAAACUCUAUAGCUGAAAGUCAUCAAAGUUUCCUGUCAUAUUUAAAGUGCAAUGAAACGUUAGUCACAGGGCACUUUUUGUAUGAAUGGACUUUCCUGUGCUGCGGUACAAUCGUGUCAGUGUUUGAGCACUUACGAUUUCACCUCAAGGUGGCGCUGCUGCAGCGUUCGUUCGGCUUUAACCUGUUUCCACAAGACGCUGAGAUGAGAACAAAAAUAAACGGUGGCUACUAGGGAAGACAGACAUAACCCGACUCACACCUUAUUUUCUAAUGGUUAUUGAGCCCGUUGUGUGAUUUCGCUCCUUGCUGUGAAGGCACGAUUGCACAUUCGCCACUUAACCACUUCUGCUGGGUUGGUGAAAAGGCGCGUUCCCUCACCUUCACUUGCUCAGCAGCUUGUAGAGCUUUUAGAUGGGAGAACGAGAAGAAAGUUUAACUGCUAUUCAUUAGCAAACACCGCGUGUCCGCCCAGUGUCUGGGGCAGACCCAGAAGUGCUCCAUAUUCGCUGCUACUGUACGAACAGCGUCUCCCUGCGAGUUGUGCGGAUCGAACCUGUCGGACUACAGGAACUUCACAGGAACUUUAACACAAGAGAUCUCCCCGAGACCCGCAACUAACACCGCAACAGCAGUUCACAGUGCUGGAUGGAAGUUUGAAUAACCAGGAACUCUUCCAAGACUAUAAUGAUCCUGAAAGGAAGUUUCAAAGGAAGCAUUACAUCCAUCAAUUAUUACACUGGAAAUUGCUUAACAAAGAAGAAAUAUUCUUGAAAAUUUUUAUUUAACCAGACAUUAUGUAAAUAACAUUUAUUUCAUAGUACAAUUAUUCAACUUUUUGUGAUUUUCUUUGUGACUUGCUUUUUAAUAUGAUAAGGAGUUUGGAAUUUCAGUACUGACUAUAAGAAUGAUACGACGAGGAUUACUGAGCUGGAUUUCUCGUGUUGGCAUCCUACUGGUCUGUUUAUGCUGUGUUGUGUCAGUUUUAUACAUGCUAGCAUGCACUCCUAGAUCUGAGGAUGAACAGCUAUUAUUACCCAGAGCAAAUAGCCCUACAGGAAAAGAAGGCUAUCAUGCUGUCCUACAGGAACGAGAAGAAGAACAUCGAAAUUACAUUGCAAGUCUAAAAAAGCAAAUUGCUCAGCUAAAGGAUGAACUUCAACAACGCAGUGAGCAGUUAAAAACAGUCCAGGGUCCCUACAGUGAAUCUGUAGGUGUAGCCUUUGAUCAUGGAAGCCAUGAGAAGGCCCAAAAUGACCUGAUAGACUUUUUGCACACACAGAUUAACAAAGCCGAAGUACACAAUGGCAUUAAAGUGCCAACGGAGUAUGCUGCUAUUCCCUUUGAUAGUUUCACUUUACAAAAAGUAUACCAGCUAGAAACAGGUCUUACACGGCAUCCAGAGGAAAAGCCUGUCAGGAAAGACAAAAGAGAUGAACUUGCAGAGACUGUAGAUGUAGCACUGGACGCACUGAAUAGUCCUGACGAAGGAGGCAAUCCCCACAGAAAAGUCUAUACAUCUGCUGACUUUAUUGAAGGUAUCUACAGAACAGAAAGAGAUAAAGGCACACUAUAUGAAUUAACUUUCAAAGGAGAAAAAAGCCAGGAAUCUAAACGUCUUGUGCUCUUCCGUCCAUUUGGACCAAUCAUGAAAGUGAAAAAUGAAAGACUCAACAUGGCCAAUAUCAUUGUGAAUAUUAUUGUACCUCUGGCAAAAAGAGCAGACAAAUUUCAGCAGUUCAUGCAGAAUUUCAGAGAAGUAUGCAUUCACCAGGAUGGAAGAAUUCACCUGACUGUGGUCUACUUUGGAAAAGAACAGGCGCAAGAAGUACGAUCAAUACUUGAAAGUACAUCUAAAGUUGCAAACUUCAAAAACUUCACUUUUAUUCAGUUGAAUGAGGAAUUCUCCCGUGGGAAAGGCCUAGAUGUUGGAGCACGUGCUUGGAAAGGAAGCAAUGUCCUUUUGUUUUUUUGUGAUGUUGAUAUCUAUUUCACUGCUGAAUUUCUUAAUUCAUGCAGAAUAAAUACACAGCCAGGAAAAAGAGUUUUUUACCCAGUUCUUUUCAGCCAGUAUAACCCUGCAAUAAUUUAUGGGCAUCAUGAUGCAAUUCCAUCCAUCGACCAACAACUAGUUAUUAAAAAGGACACUGGGUUUUGGAGAGACUUUGGAUUUGGAAUGACUUGUCAAUACCGUUCAGACUUCAUAAACAUUGGUGGAUUUGAUUUAGAUAUCAAAGGGUGGGGAGGAGAGGAUGUUCAUCUUUACCGCAAGUACCUUCACAGCAACCUAAUUGUCAUCAGGACUCCAGUGAAAGGUCUUGUUCAUCUGUGGCAUGAAAAGCGCUGUAUGGAUGGACUGACUCCAGAACAGUACAAGAUGUGCAUGCAGUCAAAGGCUAUGAAUGAGGCUUCUCAUGGACAGCUAGGAAUGCUGGUCUUCAGACAUGAGAUAGAGGCUCAUUUACGUAAACAGCGAAGUGGUGUGAAGAAAUCAUGAUUCCCAAAGAGGCACCACUUGUUGUGUCUGGUUCAGUAGCAACCUCAUCAAGGCACUUGGGCACAAGAGAAACACAACAUUGUCAACCAAGUGUGGUGUGAAGGAGAAUGGCUAAACUAGGCAGUGUAACCGACAUGCUAACUUCUUUAAGAGAAGGUACCAUAACAUCAAGUAAAGGAAUGAUAACUCAUCUGUCUUAUAAAAAAUGAGGUUUUUGAUAUGGAUUAAAGAUUGAGUAUUCCUUAACGUAGCUUUGUGACAGCAUUAAUAAAGUGCUGUGAUUAAUUGCUUGACAUGGACAUCGGGCUCUAGGUGGAGUGUUAAAAGGGAUGCAAAGUCUUCCUAUUAAGAUAAGGGAUUCUGAUAGAAUCCUUAAAAACAAGCAACUUUGCAGUAUACAUGCUUUACUUUAUUCUCACUUUUGUAAAGUUAAAGGACCCGGUGUCUUCAGCUCUAAAAGGCAGCCUCAUUCAGCCCUACUUCAGUCAUUCUAGAAAUGUAGGCAGUCGCCGGCUUUCCCUUUCUCUCACUGCAGCCAGAACCAGACAGAACAGAGAAUACACAGGAAGCAACAAGCUUGUUUGCCUCUGAUUGGCUCCUGCAGCACACAUUGGCCUGAGAUGUAAGAGAGGGAUCGGGUUACAGCAGAAACGAAGCAGGCAGCUGCCUGAGGCUCCCUAUGGCUGAAAAGGCAAAUUAACUGAUUAUUUCAGCAACCAUAACAAUAAUGAACAGCAUGUAUAUUGGAAAGAUGCUUGUUUUUAGGGAUUCUAUUAGAAUCCCUUAACUUUAUUGAAAGACUUUUCACCCCCUUUAAGGCAGUGACUAAGUCGUUAAACUGAAGCAAACGUGACUGUUCUGACAAUAGCAGGAGUGGUGGUGUUUUCCAAAAUAAAUCCAUUAUGUACAAAGUUACAGAUGUGCAAAGAUGGAAAUAUGUAUUGUGUCAAGAGAAUUCCAAAAGUCAAAUUGCUUGAGAAACCAAAAAGUGAGAAUCAUACAUAUCACAGACAACGCACAGGUACUCAGGAAUAUUUCUGAGUAAAGAUGGGACACUCCAGGUAUUUAAUGUGCACUUUGGAUUUGCAUAUGUUUCAUGUUUUAUUUUAUAAAUAUGGAGUUUAAGUGGACAAUAGAACAAUAGAGCAUUUUAUAAAGGCUCAUGAUAAAAACUCUUCUUAAAGGAAGAACGUUUUUUUGAACCUAGGUGAACCUAGGUGUCAAAGAACAGUAACUAGUUGCAUUUUGAACAGUCUACUACAAGUUAGUAAAUGAAAGCAAAAACCUGACCCAACUGUGCCUCUUGAAGAAAUAAUUAUGAGUUUUGUGAUACAUGAUGUACAGUAAGUAAAUUGGUACUAUUUUCAGAAAUUCCCUAUUUCAGUCUAUUAGUCUGUAACUGUUUUUUUAUAUGUUUCUAAUAUCCAAAGUUACUAAGGUUUUGCACAUUAAUGGGGUUAUGUAAAGCUGCAAAUAGUGGUGGAACUACCGGGGUGCAGGGGGUGCAAUCACACCAGGGUCCGCACCCCUUUGGGUCCCGUCAAGCCUCCGGCAUGUGCAUAUCUGAUGGGAAUGCUGUGUCUAGAGGUGGGGUGGGCAGCCUGCGCAUUUUGCACCUGGGCCUGUCAGCUAUAGGUACAUUACUGGCUGCAAAGUCUGCUACAGGGCAGUCACCAACCAAUCAGCUGCCACCUGUUUAAAAGCAAACAUCUUAUUGGUGGCUAUGGGUAACUGCAACCGGGCAACUUCAUUUUAUUCUAUAUGGAGAGUAUCACUUCUAUAUACAGUUGUGUACAGUUAAUAGCUGAUGCUACCAUCAACACAGGAGCACAGUCAUGUUGAUAAUGAAUAUAAAGGACAGGUCUUAUGGCAAUAAUGAUAUAUUUUAUACGUAUAUAUGUAUCAGUGCAUAUUGUAAGCCUUAUUUGAAUCAACACUUUGGUGGGUCUUAGUACAAGAUGGCAGGUGUGAAGUGUUGAACUAGUUUAACACAUUUAUAGAAGAUUCACAAAUAAUGCUGUGAAAAUAACUGAGAUUAUGAAUUCAGUUAUUUUAAGUUUGCUACCAGCAGUUAAUCAGUAGCAACAGGAGCAUUUUCUGGUGAGCUGUGUGAAAAAUAGGCAAUUCAUGGUUGCUAUGGGUUACUAGACUUUUAGUUAUUUAAAUACCCCAAAGGUGUGUAAUGGAUGCAAUAGCUACAAUCUGUGUAUCCACUGGACAAAAGUUUAAUAUCCAUACUGUCAGUUUAUUGCAUUUCCAGAAUGCGCAGGGCUUUAUACUAGUGAUGUCAGGUACAACUUAACCCGCACCUGACCUUAACCUGCAAAACCUUAACCUGCACCCAACUCUAUUUCAAGACAGGGAAUCUUUGAGAGCAGAGGAGCAGUGUACUUCCUUAAUCUAACCUGCAAUGGUUGGCCAAAUUUAAACCCAAACCUGCUCAACUGGUGGCAAACCUGCAGGUCACCAAAGGUUUUGGGUCUCUUUGCGCAUCAUUACUUGAAACUGUCUCCUUUUUGCACUGGUUACUUUAUGAUCUGAUAGUAUUGAUUUCAAAAGAGCAAUCAAUGUCCCCCAGAGCUCUCCAUAUUAUAUUAGUUCAUUAAUAUGUUAAUAAAUGUUGCGCUUUGGGUUGUGUCUAGUGAUGGGCAAAUUUGGGGCGUUUCGAUGAAACGGCGCAAAUUCGUGCCUGGUGAAUAAAUUCGCCCAUCACUAGUUGUAUCACCUCUUUGUGUAGUAUGUGUUCUUAAACAAAAUUACUUCUCCAAUGUGCAGUAGCAAAUCAAGUAAUUGUGUCUAGAAUGAUCUAAAAUAUGACCAGAGUGACAUUUUGUGGAAUAUCUCUCUCCUUCAUUAUUAUAGAAUAUUUAAUAAAACAAAGAAUGUGAAUUCCAUUCAGCACACACCAUCCUAGGAAGCCCCUGAUGGCCACCUCCACCUAUGUAUUCAGCACAGGUGGAGCCUGAUAAUAUAAUUGCUGCCCUCUGAAGGGUUAAUUAAUGAGUGACAGUCACGGAUUAAUGUUUACAGCAAACUCCUUCAAAAGUAGCCAGGCUGGCCCUGGAUCCACUCAACACUCACCUUCUGGUGUCUGAUCUAGGAAACAUGGGGGCAUUUAUGAAAAAUGUAUAAAUAUCUAUGUAAAAGCAAACAUCUGACACUGGGAAUUGCAAUUAUUAAAUAAAUAAAUAUAUUUUAAAGUAGUCUCUCUAGAGAAACAGACAGCUUUGCUUUAUUUGUAAAUGUAUUCUAUUGUUUGCCAGAGAGAGUUGGUUCUUUAUAUUAUUUCUUGCUGGUUUGAUUGUACCAUUUUAAAGUGCCUAGACCAUGAGAGCCUGAGAACCUGUAAGUAGAGUUAUUGCCUAUAAAGCAAGCACCUAUAGUAAAAUGUGCCUUUUUCCUUUGGUUUUUCAAAUUGCAACUUAGCUGCAUUUAGUAAAAAGUCUGCAGAAAAUGUUUUGACUUUACAAAAAAAAAAAAAAAAAAGUACUACAGUGCUCAUUUUCUUUUUCCAUUAAUGUAACAUGGCAUUCUUGCCAUUGUCUUUAAUACAAACAAUGGCACGUUAUAAUGCUAUUAAUAUAGGUAAAAAAAGGACAUUAAUAUUGUUUUUUUGUUUCUUGGAUAAGUAUUGACCCUUGUGUAAAAUAUACUGAACAGAUGAAGAUGGCCCUGUAGAAUCAGGAGGCAGUAAAAUUGUUUUAUUUUUUAUGCAAAAGAUCAAGCUAGCUUGUAUGAUUUUAUAGCAAAAUAAUGGCGAUCGCUUGAGACAGACGUAUGUAUGGCAUGAUCAAUGCAAGCAAGUAGAUUUACAAGAGCUUAAUAUUAAUAAUACUAUAAACAUGUAUCAUCCAGAACCCCAUAGCACUUAUUCUGAAGCACAUUCCUCCUCCUUUUGCCAAUUUGCUAGGUAUCAAUGCAUUAGGCAUGCCACGUCAUUUCCUUAACGUUUUUUAAGAUCUUCAACCCCUUUUCUCAAUUCAGUAUACAGGUGGCAGUGAAGAUUUACUGCAUUUUUGCAUUUUCUAAACGUCAUUUUAGAUAAAGAUUCACUUUUCCUUUUUCCAUUCUCUUAGUUCAUUUGUAUGUCGGUAGCACAAAGUGGAUAGGGCAAGUAUCAAAGGUUUAGCACAAGUUAGUUUUCUAAUAAGGAACAAACCUUAUCAAAUAACCAUAUCCAGAUAUGGCACCUUCUAAUUUAUGCAUUUCAUACAUUUUUAGAUAUUGAUUUUAGGUCAUUAUUAGGUGAUUUUGUAAACUGUCUAGCAUAAAAAGGUACAGUAGUUAUUACCACUUUUUAUGUUGUAGUUUAAAGGGAUACUGUCAUGGGAAAAAAAUUUUUUCCAAAAUGAAUCAGUUAAUAGU